AUGUAUUCAUCUCGAUUUAUAAACAUAAAAAUUCUAUUAAAAUAUCUAGGUUCUAUUCAUCUAAAUCGUCAAGUUAUAGCAUUACUUGAAUCCCGUCAUAUUCCACAUUCAACAUUUCUUCUUUUACAAAAUCAACAUUUAUUAUCACUUGUUGAAUCAUUACUUUAUUUACCAUCAACAUAUGAAUUACUUCAUGAACGUCUUCCACCACAUCUUCAAUUACGUGAUCUUAUACUUACUGCACAAAUUGAUCUUAUUCAUGAACCAUUUUUUCGUCAAUUAAUUACAACUAUGUGUAAAUAUGAAGUCAAACGUAUUCAAACAAAUGAUGUGGUAUUUGAUUCAAUAAAAAGUCAUGAAGAUGCUCGAAUUGCUUUAUGUAAUGAAUUAGCAUCAUAUAAGAAACAAAAUAAACCUAGAUUGAAUAAUCAACAAUUUGAAAUGAUUGCUAAUUUACUUAAUUAUACUCUUGAAGCAAGUUCAUCAAUUAAUGAACAUAACAUUGCUUAUAUGAUGCUUACUUUAGCAACAAUAUUUCAUCGAAUCAAAUUUGUUAUGGAAACAAAUACCAACAUUACAAGAACAAUUCAAUUGAAAAAAGAUAUGAUAACUCUUCUCAAAGAAGAAAUUGAUGUAUUAUAUGUCGAUCAAGAAAAACAUAAUGAUCGAUUAAAAGAGCUUUAUUCAUUGAAACAAAAAGAAGAAACAGCAAAAAAAACAUGA